GCAUGGUGUUCAAUCUCCGAACCUUCAGUUUCUCCAGUGCCGAUGAAGAUGAUCCAACACCUCCUAGAAACUUCUCUCUAAAGGAGCUGCGAGACGCGACGAACCGCUUUAGCCAUGGCAACAUCGUGGGUGGAGGUGAGUUCGGCGUGGUUUAUCGGGGACGGUUAGCCGAUGGUUCUCUAGUUGUCGUAAAAAGAGCAGUCACUAUCGAUCAAGAAAGGAAAGAGUUCUUUGAAAGGGAAAUGCAAGUGGCGAGCUCGGUUUCAUUACACCCAAACGUGCUUAACCUGAGGGGCUUUUGCAGGGCUAAGAAAGAGCUUUUACUGGUCUAUCCCUUAAUGAUCCACAACAGCCUCGCUUCUAAUCUUGGGGAGCUACGGGACCGGUCGACCGGACCUCUCGAUUGGACAACUCGCAAGCGUAUAGCCUUGGGAGCAGCCAGAGGUCUAGCGCACCUGCACAAUCAAGGUUUCUCCGCUGCUGUGAUCAUGCACGAGAGAUAUGUACAGGAGGGGACUAUAAAGAACCGGGUAGAAGAUUCAGUUGCAUACGACUCUGGUUCUCAAGCCUAUAAUUGCUAUGACUAUGUUUACGAUGACAAUUUCAUCCAUGGCGUGAGGGGGUUCAUUGCCCCCGAGUACAGUUACACAGGAAAGUGCACACUGAAGAAUGACGUUUUUGCCUUCGGGAGAACGCUUCUCGAGCUCGUCUCCGGACAGGGGACUUGGGACCUUUUUCUGCUGCGGUUUGGCAAACAUAUCAUUUUGGAAGAACGAACGGACGGAGGUAUUAUUAAGAACGAGCUGAAAACGUUGAUCGAUCCUGAAUUGCAGGGGAAAUACCCGGAAGAGGAAGCGGAGGGACUAGUUCAGUUGGCAUUGUUGUGCACGCACGACGAUCCAUCGGUUCGACCCGAGAUGUCUCAAGUAAUUAGAAUGCUUGAAACCCAAUUGCUUGGGCAGGAUCCUAGCAGUAGGAGCAGUCGGAGCCUAAGCGAACAUGAUUCGACACCUUUCUACUCGUUCCCUCCUUCUCCUUCAUCCGAAGCUGCUCCAUGAAUGGCACAAAGAUAUACUACAUCUCGAUCGACUUCUUAAAAUCCAACAUCAUCUUCAGCUUCUAUCUUUUCUUUUCGCCUGAAUCAUGGAGUCCCUAGCCACUUUCACUUUCUGCGUGGUAUCUUAUUUCCACGUGUAUCUUUUGCUUCAUGUGCUAAUUAUUAUCUGCUAGAUUUCAUCUUCA